CGAACACCCCACUUAUUAUUAUUGAAUGUUAAAUGUAUAAAAAGCUAUGUUCGAUUGCGGUUGACAUCAAUCACUGACCAACGUUCCAUAAACAAUACAAAAUGUUCAGCAAAAUCGUAGCUUUUGGAGCCAUGAUAGCGGCAGCCAACGCUGGCUACUACGCGCAUGGCCCAGCCUAUUCCUCCCAGAGCAUCGUGCGUCAUGACGAGGGCCUGGGCCACUUCGCCGCUCCAGCGCACUACGCUGCACCUUUGGCUUACGCUGCACCACUCGCUCAUUAUGCUGCCCCAGUAGCUUAUGGAGCAUACGGAGGAUAUGGAGCAAAUGGAGCGUAUGAUGGCCAUGAUGAAUAUGCGCACCCGAAAUACGACUUCGCGUACUCCGUGGCUGACCCGCACACGGGCGACCACAAGUCGCAGCACGAGAGCCGCGACGGCGACGCGGUGCACGGCUCCUACUCGCUGGUGCAGCCCGACGGCUCCGUGCGUCAGGUUGAUUAUACAGCUGACGACCAUACUGGAUUCAACGCCGUUGUCCACACAUCUGGUCCCUCUCUACACCCCCAGCCCGCCUAUAUCAUUGCUUUCGGUGCGUUCCUAGCCGCCGCUAAGGCUGGUCUUCAUGGACACGCCGUGUCGUCCCAAAGCAUCGUGCAUCACGGAGCGGGACACUACGCUCCCCUCGCGGCGGCCCCAUUGGCUUACAGCCAUUACGCCGCCCCUGCUCACCAAUAUGAAGGACACGACACCUACGCGCACCCGAAAUACGACUUCGCGUACUCCGUGGCUGACCCGCACACGGGCGACCACAAGUCGCAGCACGAGAGCCGCGACGGCGACGCGGUGCACGGCUCCUACUCGCUGGUGCAGCCCGACGGCUCCGUGCGCAACGUGCACUACACCGCUGAUGACCACCACGGAAUCUUAUCAACUCUUACAACCAAACAUAACAAACCAAACAAAAUGUUCAGCAAAAUCAUUGCUUUCGGAGCGUUCCUAGCCGCCGCUAAGGCCGGUCUGCACGGACACGCCGUGUCGUCCCAAAGCAUCGUGCAUCACGGAGCGGGACACUACGCUCCCCUCGCGGCGGCCCCAUUGGCUUACAGCCAUUACGCCGCCCCUGCUCACCAAUAUGAAGGACACGACACCUACGCGCACCCGAAAUACGACUUCGCGUACUCCGUGGCUGACCCGCACACGGGCGACCACAAGUCGCAGCACGAGAGCCGCGACGGCGACGCGGUGCACGGCUCCUACUCGCUGGUGCAGCCCGACGGCUCCGUGCGCAACGUGCACUACACCGCUGAUGAUCACCACGGUUUCAACGCCGUAGUGCACAACUCCGCGCCUUCCGUGCACCCUCACGCCGCCUACGGUCAUCACUACUGAAUAAAUUAACAACCAAAGUUAUUUAUUAAACUAUAUUAAACUAA